GAAUUUGAAGCAACUCAUGGCAUCGUUUUACCUUACAUGAAGUGGACAGAUUUGGAUAUAAGAGAUUUAGCUUUCUCAAAUAUGUGCAAGCUAAAGCUUCUCAUUUUAGAUGGCGUGAAAGUUCUCAUUCUCUGCGAUAUUCCUAGUACAUUAAAGGUUUUGCACUGGAAAGGUUGUCCAAUGGAAACUCUACCCUUUAAAAAUCAACACUAUGAACUUGUUGAAAUUGAUUUGACUUAUAGCAAAAUUGUACAGUUAUGGGAUAGAAAGAAGGUUCUAAAAAGCAAGCUGAGGCAAACGCCAGAUCUUUCUGGGGUUCCCAAUCUUAAAACAUUUCAUCUUGGGCAAUGUAAGGAGCUGAAUUAUAUUCAUCCAUCUCUCGCACACCGCAAGAGCCUUGUUGAAUUGUACUUAUGGAAAACUAAAGCAACUCGUGGCAUCGUUAUACAUAAGAAGUAUAGCGAGACUGAAGUGAAUCAGAGAGAUUUAUCUUUCUCAAAAAUGUGCCGGUUAAAGCUUCUCAUUUUAGAUGGCGUGAAAGCUCCCAUUCUCUGCGAUAUUCCUUGUACAUUAAAGGUAUUUCGCUGGAGAAAUUGUCCACUGAAAACUCUGCCCCUUACAGAUCAUCAACGCUAUGAACUUGUUGAAAUUAAUCUGUCUUGGAGCAAAAUUGUACGGUUAUGGGAUGGAAAGAAGGUUCUAGAAAAGUUAGAGCACUUGAAUCUGUCAGAGUGCAAGCAGCUGAAGCAAACACCAGAUCUUUCUGGGGCUCCCAAUCUUAAAACACUUGAUCUUGGUGGAUGUGAGAGACUUGAAACACUUGGAGAUAAAUUGGAGAUGAGUUCACUCGAGAGACUACAUCUAUCUUACUGCAGUAGUUUGAGAAGACUGCCAGAUCUUUCUGGGGCUCCCAAUCUUGAAGAAGUUCAUCUUGAUGGAUGUGAGGAGCUGAAUUAUAUUCACCUGUAUAGAAGAGCUACCCCCAACGCUUGGAAAUUUGGCUGGCGUGUCUGA